AUGGCCAAGCGAAAGAGGGUAGAUGCCGCCUCCAACGGCCAAGCUGGUCAGGAGCAACCGCGCAAGGCCGCCAAGGCUGCAGGGACCUCGGAAUUGUCCAAGAAUGACCCCGGCGCUGUAACAAUUCAGAUUGUCACAGGAUCUUACGAGAGAGUUCUACAUGGUUUCACUGCAACUCUGUCUGCUAAUCCCCCCGGCAAAGAUGCAGCUCAGAAGAGACAAAGUGAUUUAUCGUCCACAGUGCAUUUUGCAGACACAUUUCUCUUUCAGGCGCAUACAUCUGCAAUUCGAUCACUUGCCUUAUCGCCGCCAACCACUGCCGAUUCCUCUCAACCACAAACAGUCAUCUUAGCCAGUGGUGGCUCAGACGAUCGAAUUAAUCUCUACUCCCUAUCUAUGUCUCCGCCAGUCGUCAGCGAGCGAUUCCCAUCUAUUUCGACAUUGGCAGGGAACAAAAUUCUGGAAAACCCAUCGAACCGAGAACUAGGAACUCUUCUUCAUCAUACGUCCAGUAUCACGAGUCUUUACUUUCCUUCUAAGUCUAAGCUUCUAUCUGCAGCCGAGGACAACACAAUAUCUGUCACAAGGAUUCGCGAUUGGAAUGUGGUCUCUACAGUUAAGGCGCCGCAGCCCAAAACACAAGGCAGACCCAGCGGAGAUACAGCUCCUCCAGGAAGCGUACCCUGUGGGAUCAAUGACUUCGCCGUUCACCCAAGUAUGAAAUUGAUGAUCAGUGUCGGCCGUGGAGAAAGGUGUAUGAGACUUUGGAACUUGAUGACAGGAAAGAAGGCUGGUGUGUUGAAUUUUGACAGGGAAAUCUUGCAGAGCGUUAAGGAGACUAAACGGUCUACUGGAGAGGGACGUGGAAUAGUUUGGAACUCUACAGGGGAGGAAUUUGCAAUAACUUUCGAAUGGGGAGUUGUUGUCUUUGGAGUUGACUCGACGCCCAAGUGCAAAGCCCUUCCAUCCCCGUCAACCAAAGUUCAGCAGGUGAAGUUUUUUGACUUCAGUCGGAACAAGGAUGGCUCAAAGGAGCUUCUUGUGGUGUCCACAGACGACGGUAGGGCGAUUUUCUAUUCCACCGGGGAGUCUUCCUCGCCUACUGAUGCGUCUUCAAUUCCCGAUGCCAAAGUCAUCGGUCAAUUAGGCGGCAAGUCCAGUGGCCUUACAGGACGUGUUAAAGACUUUGAGGUCCUCAACUUGUCUAAUGUUGGUAAUUGGAAAAAACUUUUCUUGCUCGUGACUUCGAGUAGUGACGGAGUGGUCCGCCUAUGGUCACUCAAUUUCCAAGCGACUACUAAAGAUGCAGCACAAAAAGGCAGUGAGGGCGAUGAACUGUCCUCUCAAUUGCUAGACUCAUAUGAAACCGGCAACCGAAUCACUUGUAUGGUGGCAUUUGCCAUGCAGAAACCUCGGGAGUUCGAGGCAAUAGACGAGUCUGAUUUUGGCUCGGAUAGUCAAGACGAAGAAGAAGAAGAAGAAUCCGGUAGCGAUAGUGAUCGGGACUGA